AAUAUAGUAACACCAACACCAACUUCAUCGUCAUCAUCGUCAUCUCAUCAAACGCACGGAUUUCCACGUCCCAGCAAAUUAUACUCAACCAUGGCGCCUAAAAAAAACCUAAACAACACGUACAUAUCCCCCACACACCCGCACCUCAACCCCAUCCUCAUCGCCGUCUUCUUAAUGACGCUAUCCGCGGUGCCAACGCCCUCGUUCCUACGCCCCUUCUCCACGACGCCGCCGCCAGGCUUCUCGGAGCCGCUGCCGCCGACGGUCGCCAAGGCGCUGCGGUGGACGCAGAACGGACUUUUCUACUUGCUGUACGGCGCGCACAGCGUCGAGACGCUCGUGUUUAUGAAGAGGCUGCGCGAUCACGGCAUCAGCUUUGCGAGUGUCGCGUGGUGGAAGUGGGUUGUUACGUGUUUUUUCGGCGGCAAGUUUUGCUUUGAUCAUUUUGAUCGUGUGGUUAAGAGGGCCGAGUGAGUGGAGUAGGUGGGUAAGAGAGAGCGGGGUGGGGUGGGGUGGGGUGAUGGAGAGAAUAGGCAAGUUGACUUGGGGGGUUUGGCCGUGAAGUGCAGGAAACGAGAUGUUGAUACUAAUGUUUAUGAUGUUCAUGUGUUUAUGUUUGGAAUGUCCAAGGGAAAUCUGUAAGUAAUGGUAGUACUGAGUCUCUCUCUUUCUCUCAGUACGCCGUCCCUCGUUAUGCAUGUCUGUAUAUACAUAUACUUAUAUAUAUCUUUCUUUUUCCUCCCAAAACCCAUCGCCAUCAUGAUCACGCUCAUCAUCACAUGCCAACGCCCUACCUACCAAACCAGCUCCCCAACCUGCUCUUCCCACCCUUCUCACCCCGCACAUCCUUCGCCUCUCCAGCCACCACCAUCACCGCUGCCGUGCGAGUAUACAGCACAAGCGCGCAAUUCACA